AUGCGUUUCCUCUGCCUGCACGGCGCCGGAACAAAUGCCGAAAUCUUGGAAAUCCAGACCGGCGGACUGCGACAGCAGCUUGAGAAGAAGGGCCACCGCUUUAUCUUCGUGAAUGGCCGCCAGGAUGCUCAAGUCGAGUCGGGUAUGUUCCUUGUCCCCCAGAGCCAAGCAAUAUUGACUCGAGAGGGUCCAGAACUCGAAGGCAUCUUCGACGGUCCGUUCUACAACCACUACCCGCGUGGUCCGACGCCCGGAGCGGGCGUCUUCGAGGCUUUCGAGCAUACCUACAGGAUCAUUUCCGAACAAGGGCCCUUCGAUGCCGUCAUGGGUUUCAGCCAGGGCGCGGCGCUGGCCGCGGCGCUGAUAAUCCACCACGGCAAGGUGUACCCACAUGCUCCGCCGUUGUUCCGGGCGGCUGUAUUUCUCUGUGGAGGGUGUCCGUUCGACCGUUCGGGCAUGGCAUAUAUCACGCCGCAGCCGGAUACAUACACCAUCCCCAUCCCCACGGCGCAUAUUGUCGGCAAGCUGGAUCCGCUGUAUCCGCAGAGCAUGAAGUUGCACGGUCUGUGUGAGCCCUCCAAGGCGGCGUUAUAUGAUCAUGGAUCGAAGCAUAUGGUGCCCUUCGAUGCGAAGAAUACGGAUGAGAUGGCUAGAGCGAUUGAAGAGACCGUGGCAAGGGCAUUUUCCACUUAG